AUGCCCUCUUUUGGUCCCGUGACUCGUUAUCCAUUAUCUUCCGACGAUCCAGCUCAUCAAUUUGAGGUGCAUAACCCUGCAACAGGAGAUGUCAUCACCACGGUGCAGGGCGCGGGAGUGCUAGAAGUCGAAAGGGCUAUAGCCACAGCGCAGAAAGCAUACGAGGAGUGGCGGUGGGUGUCGCCCUCGCAGCGAGCCAUAUACCUGAAUAAAGCUGCCGACCAUCUUGCCGCCCACUUCGACGAGCUGGCCUACCUUCUGAGUGCAGAGAAUGGCAAGCCUGUAGCGCAGGCACGCGACUAUGACAUCAACUUUUUGGUUUUGGUGUUUCGGUAUUUCGGGUCGCUGAUUGACAAGCUUCCUGGGGAGCUGUACGAUAAGGGCGGAGUAUAUACAUCUGUACUUCGCGAACCAUUUGGCGUUGUAGUCGGUAUUCUCCCCUUCAAUUGGCCACCUUUGCAUGCGGGUGGAAAGGCAGCCCCAGCUAUAGCGGCCGGGAACACCAUCAUCCUAAAACCUGGGGAGCAGGCUCCUCUGACGGUGCUCAGGGUCGUCGAGCUCCUGCAAGAGGUGCUGCCUCCUGGCGUGGUUCAGGCCAUUCCAGCCCAAGGCAUAGCAGUUCCGCAGGCGCUGAUUUCCUCGCCUCAUGUGAAGAAGGUCUCUUUCACCGGGUCGACGAGGGGUGGUGCUGGAGCGGCCGCCCUUGCUGCACAGUCUAUAACUCCCAUGGUACUCGAGCUGGGUGGUAAGAAUGCUUUGAUCGUGUUCGAUGACGCAGACCUAGAUCUUGCGGUCAGUUCUGCGAUCGACGGGGGAUUUUUUAACAAAGGAGAGGCUUGCACGGCAUCUUCUAGGGUGCUUGCCCAGAAAGGAAUUUACGACAAGUUCAUCCGAAGACUUGGAGCAGCUGUUCGGAGGCUCAAAGUCGGUGAUGGAUCCAACCCACAGACACACAUCGGUGGCCAGAUAACCAAGCAGCACCAGCAAAGGGUCGAAGAAUAUAUCCGUAUUGGAGCUGAAGAAGGUGCCAAAAUCUUUGCUCAGGCGCCGAAGCCGACGGACCCCAGAUUGGCUAAGGGCUUCUACGUGCAGCCAACGUUGUUCACUGGUGUUACUCGCGACAUGAGAAUAGCAAAAGAAGAAGUCUUCGGUCCAGUGGUGGCUGUCAUACAGUUUGAGACAUACGAAGAGGCCAUAUCUAUAACGAAUGAUUCGGAUUAUGGCCUGGUGGCUGCUGUCUUUACACAGGACCAUACCAAAGCGCUAAGGGCCUCGAGGGAGAUUGAUGUCGGCAUAGUCUACAUUAACAACUUCAGCCGUUUGGUUCUCGGCACACCUUUUGGAGGAGCAAAGCAAAGUGGUUAUGGACGAGAGCAUUGCAUCGAAACACUGCGCGAUUACAGUCGAGCUAAGGCCGUACACGUCCCUUCAGGAAUUGGACCAGUGCCACGAUGGCGGGUGUUAGACGAUAUAACUGCAAAUCUGUCCGACGAAGAGACUGGCGAUACGGUUUAA